AUGGCGGACAUUUUGCAGAGUAAGAAGCGGUCAGCCGCGGAGGCUUUUCGGUCGGAUCAAAAGACAUUUAAGCAGUCUCUCGAAACACACAGAUCGGCAGUAUCGAAGACAAAACAGUCUCAAGUGAAGACUGUUGACUUCCAGAGAAAAUCCAACGGACAAGACGGAGAAGGAAAGGGCGAUGUCUUACGCAAAUCCGACACCCACUUUGCACCAAAUGGAAAAAGCUCCAAUCUCAAGAAACGGGCCCAAGACCUUCUACAAGUACGCCAGAAACUACCAAUAUACGCCCACGCAGACCAGAUACGACAAACACUCCGAAAAUACGAUGUCAUGUUACUGGUGGGAGAAACCGGUUCUGGAAAAUCGACACAAAUCCCGCAAUUUCUGAUCGACGAGUCCUGGUGCCAGCGCAAGAAAGUGAAAUCCAGUGGUGUGAGUGUCGGAGGAUGCAUAGCCAUCACGCAGCCACGGCGUGUCGCGGCGAUCUCACUGGCGAGACGCGUGGCCGAGGAAAUGGGUACGCCGUUGGGGAAUUCCAGCCCGGCGUCGCUGGUCGGCUACUCGGUGCGAUUUGAGAACAGUACGGGACCGGCGACGAGGAUCAAGUUCAUGACGGAGGGGAUGCUGUUGCAGGAAAUGCUGCGAGAUCCUUGGUUGAAGGAAUAUUCGGCGGUGGUCGUUGAUGAGGUCCACGAGCGUGGUGUCAAUGUGGAUCUUGUCCUGGGGUUUCUACGACGGUUGCAAGAUUUGCGCGGCCCCAAGGAUGGCAGAGGUGGUAUUGGGAUGAAGGUCGUCGUCAUGAGUGCGACGGCCGAUAUGGAGAAGAUCAAGGAUUUCUUCAAUGACAACCCAGUGGACGACGAAAACUCUGGUGAUGUUCAGAGCAGUCCUCCGUCGAAAGAGAUUGCGGCAUCGUCAUCGGCCCCGGCGACAAAUGGCGUUGAAAACGGCAAGGCGACGGCACUGUUCAUCAGAGGCCGCCAAUUCCCAGUCACCAUCACAUAUACCCCCAGCCCACUGUCAGAUCUUCUAGACGCCGCAUACCAGAAAAUCAUGCACAUUCACUCACACUCACCUCUGCCAGGCGACAUCCUAGUGUUUUUGACCGGGCAGGAAACAGUCGAGUCGCUGCUCAGUCUGGUCCAAGCGUGGUCCACCAGCAUCUCCAAAGAUGUUGUUCUCUCCAAGACACUCCCCAAACUAUUGAUACUCCCCCUCUACGCAGCCUUACCCUCAGACCUGCAACAACGAGUCUUCCAACCGACCCCGAAGUUCACGCGCAAGAUCAUCCUGGCCACCAACAUCGCCGAAACCUCCAUCACCGUCCCGGGGAUCCGCCACGUCAUCGACACAGGAAAAGCGAAACAGCGCCUGUUCCGCCCAGCGCUGAACCUCGACUCCUUACUCACGAUGCCCAUCAGCCGCAGCUCGGCGAACCAGCGCUCGGGACGUGCCGGCCGCGACGCCCCUGGCACCGCUUACAGACUGUACCCCGAGAGCGAGUUCUACAAGCUAGCGCAGGACACAGAACCAGAAAUUCUCCGCUGCGACCUGAGCCAGCUGGUGUUGACGCUGAAAGCGCACGGGAUCGACGCGCUGCACACGUUCCCGCUGCUGACGGCGCCGCCGCGGCGAGCCAUGGAGCGAGCACUGGUGCACCUGUUGCAACUAUCGGCGUUGAACCCCGCAGACGGGCAGAUCACCCCACUGGGCCGCGAGAUGAGUGUCCUGCCUUUACCGGCGAGUCUGGCGCGGGUGCUGCUCGCGAGCGCGCAGCCCGAGUACGACUGCGUCGCGGAGAUCGUGGACAUCGUGUCGGCGCUGAGCGUGGAGAACGUCUUCCUCAACAUCCAGCACAGCCUGACCUCGCCGACCCAGUCGUCUCUCGACUCUGAUCCUCUCGCCAUCACAUCCACAUCCAUCGACUCCGCCGCCGAGGACGACCCCGCCAGCCAAAGCCGCGAGGCCAUCGCGCAGACGCUGCGUCGCGAACUGUUCCGGCGCGAAGGCGACCAUCUCACGCUCCUGGCGGCGAUGCAGGCGUACGAAGCCGAGACGACGGACCGCAAGCGCUGGUGUGACGCGCGCUUCAUCAGCCAUCGCGCGAUGCGCGGCGCCAUGGACGUGCGCAAGCAGUUGACGGCGCUGAUGAAGCGGUAUGCCGGGCAGAGGGAGGCGAAGGAGCGGCGGCAGCAGGAGAAAGGUACCGGUACCAACCGUUCGGAUGUCGUCGCAGCGCCGCCAGCACCACCCACGUCGACAUCCGACCCAUCGACGCUCCCCACGCGCAUCCUCCGCUGUCUGCUGACGGGCUUCCACCCGAACGUGGCGCGCCUGGCCAGCGACGGGACGUACCAGACGAUACUGACGAACCAGCCCGUGGCGAUCCACCCGAGCAGUGUGUUGUUCUCCGUCCCCGGCGUGGACGGUGCUGGCGGUGGCAGCGCGAGAAAGUUCGAGGGCAUCCUCUACAACGAGUUCGUGUAUACCGGUACCAAGGCUUAUGCCAGGGGUGUCAGUGCGGUGGAGAUGCGUUGGGUCGCCGAUGUGGUUAGCUUGGGUCAGGAGAGGGGGGUGCCUUAG